AUGACAGCCCCGUCCUCCGCGCCGCUGUUGAGAACACUGGAACCUCGUGAGUCAUGGAAAUUCCAGCGGUUUGGAGGGCGAGUGUCCAGAGCUCGCGGAACAGGAGGCUGGUCGGCGCUCGUCUCUGGAGCGUGGAGCAAAAGGGAACAGUUUCGGAAAGGCGAGCUGCAGAACGGAGAUUUCUCGAAAGCGGGCGGAUCACUAACGCCAAUCAACGUGCCCCACUGGCCCUCCCGGCAGGACCUACCUACCGUCCGCAUCCUCCCUACCGCCCUCCGCCCGUGCAGGCGCCAGACCGCCCGCCGCCCGGAGGCCGCCAGACCUCCCCGUGCAAGCCGCAGUCCGCCAGACCCGCCCUCAGGGCCGGCAUUCCGCUCUGACCGCCCGCCCGCCCGGCAGCCGCCGACCGCCCUCCCGCCCGGCAGGCCGCCCGAGCCCCGGCCGCCCAAUCCGCCGGCCGCCAGGCAGGCCGCCAGACCGCCGGCCAGGCCGCAGGCCGCCCGACAGCCCGCCCGCCGGCCAGGCCGCAGACCGCCCGCCAAGCCCGGGGCAGGCCGCCGACCGCCCGGCCGCCCAGGCAGGCCGCCGACUCCCCGGCGCCCGCAGGCUCCCGACCUCUCGGCAGCCGUCAGGCCGCCAGACCGCCGGCAGGACUGGCAGGCCUGCCGACCGCCCGCCCCCCGGCAGUCCGCCCGACCGCCCGGACGCCGGCUAGGCCGCCCGACUCGCCCGGCCGCCCGCAGCCGCCCGAACGGCCCGGCCGCCCGCCCGGCGCCCGACGCCGGCCGACCGGAAGGCCGCCCGACAGCCCGGGCCGGACCGCCCACACCGCCCGGGCCGCCGGCAGGCAGCAGACCGCCCGCCUCCAGGCAGCGCCCGCCAUAA